GUCGCCGAUUCAAUUUGAAAUAAUUUCGUCCGCGCUCACCCAGUACCCGGUACUCUACAGUCUACACUGGCAUUGAAUGCCCUCCUCAUCCCCGCCGACCAGCACCAAACUUCUCAAAAUCUCCGGCCGCCUUCCUCAAUCUACUCCCACGGUGGUACUCUACCCUUUAACUCUCUCAAUCUUUGGGCGAUUCAUGGUGGAAAUUGUUCAAAUCCUGUGAAGUUAGGUUUGGGAAGAUGACGAUUGUAGAGAAGCUCAUAGUCCAGAUCUUCGAGAGGCACAAGUCGAUACUUGAGCAGGUCAGGAAGCAGACUGAACUCUUCGAUCAGCAUCUCGCUUCCAAAUGCGUCCUCGACGGAAUCUCCCCUCCUCCAUGGCUCUUGUCCCUUUCGCUCGACUCUCUUUCAUUGCAUCCCAGUGGGUUGAAGAAGGAAGAGCUUAUAUCUGGGCUCCUGCUUCCACGUUCUCAAGCACCAAGCUUUUACCCUAGUGUUCACCAUCCCCAUUCCAAAAGGCCUUUUCUCCCCACUUCAUCGAAACAAGAAAAGCCUUUUGAUCCUGCUGCUAAUGAGGUUCAGCCAAACUGCUUGGAAAGGGAGGUUCAUGAUUUCAACACAGUUAAUGAUUCAGUAGGACAGUUUUCUGUUCUGUCUCAAUUCCCCGCCACUGACACUCCUGGUGCUCUCAACCAUGCUCGAGACUCACAAGAUCAUGAUAACUGUACUGAUCACAGUCGAUCAUUGGUGAGGAUUGAAAGAUCCAAAUCGAGGCAAAGGGCGUUGGAGAUUCGCAGUAGCGCAAGAUCAGCUAAACUACGUGCAAAUGAUGAGAAUGGUGAUCCUGGUUCUUGUCAAAAUAACGUUCAUUCCACAAAAGGAGAAGUGAAAGUGGCCGAAUCUUGGAGGAAAGAGGGCAGCAGUGGUCAUGAUAAUGUUAGAAUUCAAUCUGGUGCACUGUGCCAACUAUCCAGUCAUAUGAAUGAGCUUCUUAGUAAGAAAAAAUCUUCUGAUAUUGUGAAGAAAGAUUUGCCCAGAGAGUCUACCUGCAUGUCAAUGCAGCAGUCCAAUUAUGCUGAUCGGAUGUCAGAAGCAGCCAAUUUUACUAUGGCUGCUGAUGAAAUUUGUGCAACGGAAGAAGUAAACGGUGGUGAUUGCAUUAUCAAUGAAGGUGGCAGUUUCAUUCAUUCUGGUGGAGCUAGAAGCUCAAGACAUUCAAGCCUUCAGAAUAAUGCUUUAAAGGCCGCUUCAGAUGAGGUCAAGUCCGUCAAUAAUGGAGCUAAAGGUGGUAGAUUUGAGCAUUCCAGUGAAAGAUCUUCAAAACAGGCUACUAAUGACAACAGGUUACAAGAAUCGGCCAAACCCUCUGCAACAUUCAGCGGGUCUCACGAACGUUCAAAUUUGAAAAUGACUGAUAACGGGAGCAUAGAAAUGGGUAGCAAUGGUGAUUUUGUGAGAGUAACAAGAUCUACGAGAUCUAACCGAUCUCAACAAGGUGAUGAAUGUGUGCAGCUCAGUUGUCCUAUCAAUAACGGUAAAGAAGAUGGUUGCUAUUCAAACAGGAUACCCUACCAUGUUGAUGCCUUAAGGGACUCAAUUAAACCUAGGGUUGAGGUGCCUCACUUACAAAGCAUGGAAAUGAGGGGUGGAAUCAUGCGAAUACCUAAACCAACACAGUCCAUAAGCCCCGAUUUUCAAAAUGAUUAUGUUUAUGAUUUGCGGAAAAUGUGUGUUUCUUCUAACAUGGCUGAAGAUGCAGAUAUUGCAGUUGGAGAGCCCAACAGAUUAUCACAACUGCUUCUGUCAUCUAGGGUGAUUGGAAAAGAAGUGAGCUACCCGGAACAAGAGGGUACUCAUCCCAAUGGCCUGACUGUACGCACCACCAUUUUUGACAGUAAAAAAUGUGGAGCAGUUCCUGCUGACUCAGGCAUUAACUCUCCUGGGCUAGUUGUGGCUGAUUCGCUUACUUCAAGAUCUAACUCAGGUGCCCAUAGCAUCGGAGUUACCUCAAGGUCAGAAAGUGAAGAUGACAUGCUGAUGAAGCCCAAGCAACUUGAUUUUGAUGACAUGGAAGUUAACAGAACUUCCAUUUCUGAUGUCCAGGAUGACAAUGGUAUAAUGUCAUCAAAACAGUCUCCUGCAGAGAGACGAUCUUCCUGUUCAUCAACUGAAGUAACUUCUGUUGGCCACAUAGAACAGAACAGUUUGUUGCCCAAUACGCCAUGCCUUAGUGGUUUUGAUAGCCAGGAAAAGCCUAGGAAGGAUUCAUCACAAGAUCUUGGCAAGGACACUGUUAACAGUGCUAGUAACAUGAACUCUGUACAGGAACAGAAUAGUAUUGCGUUUGCUCAAAACCCAUAUUUAUGUACUUCUUUCAUGGGUUCAUGGCCUCAAUACAAACGCAUGAAGGUUGGUGAUAGGCCAAGUUACCCCUGUUCUACUACUUCAAACCUGACAACAGUGCAAUUUCAGCCCUUUCCCCAAUAUAACAAGGCUAUCAGCUCAGAUGAUCACAAGCAUCCUGGGGAAGAAAUGCUUCAAGACUCGGAUAAAAAUACAGUAAAGGCACGUGAAGUUUUAUCAUCUAAGAUGCAAGUUAAAGAGGAUGAACAUACCAUGGGAGGGAGGGACAAAAGUGAAUAUGCAGCUCUCAGUUUUAUGCAUGAACAUCUAGAAGCCAAUCCACUCUCUAGUUUGACAAAGCUGUCAACUGGCUCGUCUGAAGGGUAUUUUUCCGGGCAGGCCAAAGUGUGGGAGCCAACUGAAAUGGCUGGGCUGCAGUUUUCUCAUGAAAGCGAAGUUUUUUCACGACAGGUCUCUGAAAGCUUUUAUCUGGGAAGAUUGGUUACUGAAAGCAUCCUGCAGAUGACAAACUCUGAUGCCGGGGGCACUCACAAUCCACCAGUUUAUCCAGUUGCCGCCUUAGUUUCUGUGGAUUCGACCGCACCUGAUGAAAAUGGACCAGAGUUGGAGAAAUUUGUUGUGGAAACAAAUGAUAAAGAGCCUUCCACUGCAGGACCUAACUUUUCGGAUCCAUAUAGGCACAACCCUUUCGUUCUAGACCCCCCAACCAUCUCGACUAGCCUUUUCGGAAACCUUGCUGAAGAUGCUGACGCCAAUAAGCAGUUUGAAUCCACCAGUUCCAAUUACUUGGGUGACCUCAGUGGCUUUACAUCUCAUGAAAUUUACGUGUUUCCUACUGACAGUGCUCCUUUCAUUCAUGGCAGUAGCAAAGUCUACAGUUCCCCGGUAAGGAAAUUCUGGGAACCUAUGCCAUUAAAGUCUCUGAGUUCAGAGAGACAAGCAAGUUCAAUUCCUGAUCUUCCCAGUAUAAAUGAAGAAGAGACUGAGAAUAUGGAUGAUGACAUAGUUAUCACCAGUCCAGAGAAUGCAAUAAAGAUUGUUGAGAGGAAGCCGCUUGUUGACAUCAUGGAAUCUGCAAAUCCUCCAGCUUCAAUAUGUAACGAAGAUGAUGUAAUAGAUGAUAGAUAUAGUAUUGCUUCUGUGUGCACAGAGUUCAGUGUGGCUGGUAGCGUUUGCAAAUUGGAGACUGGGAAUCGGAGAAUCAGCAGAAGUAGAUAUGGUUAUGCAACUAGCAAUAAGGGGAAGUCGAAGCAGCGCCAGCAGCAGCUGAGGGUCCCACUUGGAGUUAAAAGGAGUAAUGGUUCUUUACAGAAUAGCUUGUUCAGUAAGCCACCAAAGUUGUUGAGGAAGAAUGAACCGAGAAAAUUUAGCGCUGGUUUACUGGAGAAGGCGCCAAAACAUAACAAUAUUGUGUCAAAUGUUACUUCCUUUGUUCCACUGGUGCAACAACAAAAGCGAAUGGCUGCUGCUGCUGCUGCUGCUGUUACAGGAAAGAGGGAUAUCAAAGUGAAGUCCUUGGAAGCAGCAGAGGCUGCUAAACGACUUGCUGAGAAGAAAGAGAAUGAUAAAAGGUUGAAGAAGGAAGCUUUGAAACUUGAGCGGCGGGCAAGGAUUGAAGAGCAGAACUUGAGGCAGCUAGAGUUGGAGAAAGAAAGGAAAGAAGAACAGAAAAAGGAGGCUGAGAUGGCUGCCAAGAAACGGCAGAGAGAAGAAGAACAGAAGAAGGAGAGAGAAAGGAAAAGGAAGCGGAUCGAAGAUAAAAGAAAGCAGAACAUGGAACAGAGAGACAAAAUGAAUUAUGGUGACAAAGAAGAAACCAAGUGUGGAAGAGAAGCUCCGGAUGUCAAGGCAAGUAAACUGAUGGAGAAUGUCGAAGAAGAAAGGAUGGUCAAGGCAACUGGGACAACGAAUCCCAUUGGUUCUGCAGCUUAUGAUACAAGGAAUAUGAAUUCUGUUGAUAAUUCGAAGGAUGUUAUGGAAAACCAAAUAUGUGAGGGAAAAGAGAACAACUACAGUCUGGAAUCCGACAUUGUACCAGCAAGAUCAUACGAGAUUUCACCAUACAAAGGUUCCGAUGAUGAAGAUGAAGAAGCUGAGGAUGAUGAUGAUGAUGAUAAGCCCAAUACUAAAUUUAUUCCUUCUUGGUCCAGAAGAAGGGGCAUAACAUUUACUAUCUUGUCUCAACAAGCAAAGCUAGAUCCGGCAACUGUUUUCCCACUUGAAAGCUUUAUCAGUAAAGACCAAGUUAUAUUGCCCAGAAAGCUCCGGCACCUAUAGGUCACGACGACAACGACAACAUAUGGUCCAAGUUCAGGUAGAUUCGACGCCAAGGAGCCAGAGACUAUUCUACGAGGCCUUUUUGUACAUCCAACUCCCUUUUUUAUUUAUUUCACCAGAGCUAGGUAGAUGCGAUGAUAUAUAUUAAGAAAAGUAGUAACUCUCUGCCUUAGAGAGAGGUGACCAAGGGAGAAGGGUUGGCUGCCUAAUCUACUUUACUUUUGGAGAUUGUCGAUGUGCGCUGCUAGGUUAAUUGGCUACCAGCCAACUUUCUUGUUGUUGAUGCCUAAACAGCAGGAAGAUGAUUGUAGGUUCUUUUAUUAUGGCGAUGACCAGUUCAACUCGGGAAGCCAUUGCUUUCUUCUAUCUUGUCACCGCCCCAUCAAAAAGUAAUGAGUUAUGGGAAAUCUGAUUUGGUUGUUGAAUGGUGUAAGUGUCUUCUAGCCAGG